AUGGAGCUGGACAAGGAUUUUAACGCAAAAAUAUCCGGAUACUUGGAAAAAAAGGGGAAAAUGAAAGUAAUGUCUUCCUACAAAAAAUACUGGUUUGUAUUGGAAGAUCGACUGCUACUCUACUACAGGUCCAAGGACGAAUAUGAAUCUUUGUAUCCCUAUAAAGGUUACAUUAAUUUGGGACCACCAUGUUCAGUGAAACCAUGCUCAUCACAAUCUGGUGCUGUAUUUCAACUCGAAACCAGACGAAGUACAAUUACACUGAGGGCAAGUGAUAGGGAUGACCAAAACCGAUGGAUGAAGGCGUUAAUGUCUUCUUUAAAACCAAAUGUACCUUCACCUGCUAAGUUAAAUCAUUUUAGAUAUUCCAUGGAUGAAAUUACGAAGCCUGAAGUGACUGUACCCCAGGAUGUGGAUGUUUUAAAAAUCACAGAAAACAUACCGAGCCCUCCCGAAACUCCCAACGAAUAUAUAAUCAAAAAAAUACAAAAAAUGGGAGCAAAAUCGUACACAAACUCAAACAACAGCAUCAACAAUGAUUAUCAAACCUACGAAUCAACCCCGAAACGCCACUCGUUCGCCGACAACUCUCAAUCGUUUCAACUGAAAUUUGCGCAGGAAAAAAAAUCUGGAAGCACCGGAAAAUUACACUUAAAUUCCUCAGUCAGCCAUGCAGCGAAAAGUUACUUUAGCAGAGGCAGUUUUAAGUCUUUAAGCAUGGAGAAAUUGCCCAGUAUUAUCAUUGAGAAUGACCAAUAUCAACCUGUUAAUGUACAACCUGGUGUUAACCAUAAAGAAUUUUUUAUUACCAAUGAUAUUUAUGCCACCAAUCCACUAAAUUAUUCCGAAAUCACUUUUAAGUCCUCGGAAAACAUAUACCAUGAGCCCAAAAUAGACCAUAACGAUAACGAAAUGAAAACUAUUUACACUUCAAUACAAGAUACCACAGUGGACCCUGAUAUUGAAGAUAAUCAAAAGAAGAACAAGAAGAAAAAGAAGGAAAAACCUUUAAAACCAAACAAAGAAAAGUUGACCUUAAUAGACCGUGUGUUUAAAUUAAAAAUAAAGAAAAUUAAAAAGGAUGAAGACCAACAGGAGGAAAAUGUUUACGAAGAAAUACCAGUUCCUGCUUUAUCACCAACUGAUCAAAAUACAAUACAAAUUCUUCACGAAGUGCAGCAUAUUUUGGAAAAGAAGAAAGAGGCCUUAAAAGGGAAACUAAGUUCAGGUUCAGAUAAAAUGGAAAUAAACGACAUCUAUGAAACCUUCGACGCAAUACAUACAGAACCAAAAGAGGAGUACCCAGAAGUGCCCCCGAAAUCCCAGAAGCAAAUUACCCUCUCCCCAUACCACGACGUCCCCAAAAAUAACCUUCCCAUCAACAAAAUGAUUCUACCCCCGAAAAGACGCGAAAUGGUUUCGCAAAAAAGCGUCGAUGAAAUCCUGGAGGACCUGGAUAAGGAGCAAAUAGUUGAGCAAUCGACACCUCGAGGAAAAGUGAAGAAAUUGGUCAAGCAGUUUAGCACGAACACAUUGCCUCCCACAUUGGAGGAGGUUGUCAUGAGACACAAAAGAAGGUCUGAAGUUAUUCCCAAUAGGUAUUCCGAUGAGUUAUCAAUACUCCUAGAACAACUGGCCCAAGUCACCACAGCACCUUUACUACAGCCAGGAACUACGAAUAGUUUGAUAAGCCCCAACCUUACUGAUGACGAGUUGCUGAGAUUACUACCCAUACGCAAAAGAAGAUUUUCCGAACCUGAUUACGACGUACCAAGGCCUCAUAGGUCUUUGAUCAAUAUUCCCAGGCAAGAUACCGAGAGCCCAAUAAAAGCCACGAGAUUUUUCGGGGAGGUACUUUCUUUUGAACGCAAGGAUGACAAUUUUUCUUCGCCAAGGUACUCAAGCAUAACUCCAGAUUCUUUAGAAUCCGAGUUAAACAUAAAAACUCACACACACCAGCCACUGAAAGCGGUACUAUCUCUCGAUGAAGACCCAUCGUACUCAUCUCACACGUACCAUCAAAACCAAAAAAACACCCAUCAAUUAAAAAAACAACGAAGUCUUGAUAUAGAGCAGGAAAUGUUCGUAAAUUCAAAUAGAACCUUUUUUGAUUACAAUAGAGAAUACGUGGUUAACAAUGACGUCUACGCACAACCAAAAAAGAAGAAUCACUUGUCUAUAAACUAUAAAAACUUGGCUGUAAACGACAGUGAAAAAGUCGAUUUUUUUGUGGAUUCAUUGGAAAUGAAUUUGGAGUCGAAAACCCAGUUUUAA